GCUCGACGUUCCCUCUGCCCCCAGGUGUGUGACUCAGACACGGUGCUGGACCCCGCCUGCACUGCGGAGAUGCUCCGCAUCCUGGAGGCCGACCCCCGCGUUGGUGGCGUCGGAGGUGAUGUGCAGAUCCUGAACAAGUACGACUCGUGGAUCUCCUUCCUGAGCAGCGUGCGGUACUGGAUGGCCUUCAAUGUGGAGCGUGCCUGCCAGUCCUACUUCGGCUGCGUGCAGUGCAUCAGCGGGCCACUGGGCAUGUACCGCAAUGCCCUGCUGCAGCAGUUCCUCGAGGACUGGUACCACCAGACCUUCCUGGGCAGCAAAUGCAGCUUCGGGGGUGACCGGCACCUCAACAACCGCGUGCUCGAGACUCCCACCCGCUACCUGCGCUGGCUCAACCAGCAGACCCGCUGGAGCAAGUCCUACUUCCGCGAGUGGCUCUACAAUGCCCUGUGGUUCCACAAGCAUCACCUCUGGAUGACCUACGAGUCGGUGGUGACCGGUUUCUUCCCCUUCUUCCUCAUCGCCACUGUCAUCCAGCUCUUCUACCGCGGCCGCAUCUGGAACAUCCUCCUCUUCCUGCUCACGGUGCAGCUGGUGGGCAUCAUCAAAGCCACCUACGCCUGCUUUCUGCGGGGCAACGCCGAGAUGAUCUUCAUGUCCCUCUAUGCCCUCCUCUACAUGUCCAGCCUCCUGCCCGCCAAGAUAUUUGCCAUUGCCACCAUCAAGAAGUCUGGCUGGGGCACAUCAGGGCGCCGGACCAUCGUGGUUAACUUUGUGGGGCUGUUGCCGGUGUCGGUGUGGGUAGCGGUGCUGCUGGGCGGGCUGGCCUACACUGCCUACAGCCAGGACCUCUUCAGUGACACUGAGGUGGCCUUCCUGGUCUCGGGCGCCAUCCUCUAUGCCUGUUACUGGGUGGCCCUGUUUGCCCUCUACAUGGCAAUCGUUGCGCGGCGCUGCGGCAAGCGGCAGGAGCAGUGUGGGCUGGCCUUCACUGAGGUCUGA